AUGCGUGACGCCCAGAGUGAGACGCGGAAGAUCGAAUCUGAAAAGAGAGCGGUCGAGACACUCCUUGCACAAGCAGAGCAAGAGCAAGAAGAAACCGCAAACCAUGUCCGACAAUGGCAGACCAUCGUCUACUGUGGCGAGCCUUCAGUCACGCCCACGACGUUUGAUCUGUCUUCUGUACGAAGAACGGCCCAGAUGUGGAUGGGCGAAGUCAUCGACAGAAUGAACCACGGUGCAUGCCUGGACUAUGCUUGCUCGGUUGCCUGUGGCUUGUUCCAAAUGGUUGUCCUGAAACCUGAUCGGCUCAAUCACACUACUAUCAGUACCUUCGUCCAGUCCUAUGCAGCAGAUACAACUAACAACUUCUCUCAGGCAUUGGCGUUUCUCGAGGCUGCCAUCCUAGUCCUCGCGCCAUCUGACCAGACGAGCUUCUCUGAGGGACAAUCCACCUUCGUCUUCCGCACUGUUGAAUUCUUGUGCUUGGCUUUCGAUGCUGGCGAUCGUCUGGACGCGCUGAAGCGUUCGUUUGAAGCUCUACGACCUCGACUGCAGGACAGCUCCCUGCUCAAUCAAGCUCUGGCAGAGCGUCUCAAGAUGGGGUUCCCCGAUGUCCCAGGUCGCUUUUGCACUUCCCAGUCACUUGCACAAGAUGUUUGGCUUUGCUGUGCAAGUCACCCUCACCGAGACAUCCAACCGCACACUCGCAUCGCUAGCUUUGGAGACGCCACUUACGUGGUUCACUGUGACUUCCUCGGCGAAUUGGACACAGAAGAACGUGACGUAAGAUCUUUCCGACGAGCGCCCUUUGUCUCAGACUGA